AUGGCACCUUCAGCAACUACACACGCCCCUGAUGGCAAGCAGAACGGUGAUCUCCACCGCGACUACAAUGAUGACCGCAACGCCCAAGGCCAGGACACUCUCUACACAACCAGCAACGGUGUCCCCAUGCCUCACCCCUAUGAGGUCCAGCGUGUUGGCGAGAACGGCCCCCUUCUCCUCCAGGACUUCCACUUGGUAGAUCUCCUCUCUCACUUCGACAGAGAGCGUAUCCCCGAGCGUGUCGUCCACGCCAAGGGUGGUGGUGCCCACGGUUUCUACCGCACCACCGACCCUCUCGAUGACCUCUGUAUGGCCGACAUCUUCCAGGCUGGCAAGGAGUGCCCUAUCUCGGUUAGAUUCUCCACUGUUGGUGGCGAGUCUGGCUCGCACGACUGUGCCAGAGACCCUCGUGGUUUCUCAGUCAAGUUCCGCACUGACGAAGGCAACUGGGAUGUUGUCGCCAACAACACCCCCGUCUUCUUCUUGAGAGAUCCCGCCAAAUUUCCGCUUUUCAUACACACCCAAAAACGCGAUCCCGCUACUCAUCUUACUCAUGCCGAUGACUCUACCAUGUUCUGGGACUAUUUGUCUCAGAACCCCGAAUCGGUUCACCAAGUUAUGAUCCUUAUGGGAGACCGUGGUAUUCCUGAGAACUGGCGCAAGAUGCACGGUUACUAUGGACACACAACCAAGCUCGUCAACAAGAAGGGCGAGUGGGUCUACGCCCAGAUUCACUUCAAGUCGAAGCAGGGUACAGGCUUCAUUACUCAGGAAGACUCUAACAACUACUCUCCUGAUGCUCAUCAGAAGGAUCUGUACAACGCUAUUAAGAACGGCGACUUCCCUGGUUGGGACGUCAAGGUCCAGACCAUGACUCCCAAGGAAGCCGAGGACCUUUGGGAGAAUCAGAAGAUCAACGUCUUCGAUCUCACCCACGUCUGGCCCCAGGGCCAGUUCCCUCUCCGCAAGGUCGGAGAGUUCUUCUUGAAUGAGAACGUCAAGAACUACUUUGCCGAGAUCGAGCAGAUCGCUUUCAACCCUGCCCAUAACCCUCCCGGUAUCGAGCCUUCGGCCGACCCCGUCCUCCAGUCUCGUCUGUUCUCAUACCCUGACACUCACCGUCACCGCAUCGGCGUCAACUACCAGCAAUUGCCCGUCAAUGCUCCUCGCACCCCUUACAGAAUCGGCAACUUCCAGCGUGAUGGAAGCAUGGCCUUCUACAACCAGGGCUCUCGUCCUGCCUACCUUUCCUCUAUCCAGCCCACUCAAUUCCGUGAGCGUACUCUCGACCUCGACAGGACUCACGGUCACUUUGCAGGAAAGGCUGUCACCUUUUUGUCUGAGAUCCGCGAGGAGGACUUCAACGCUCCCCGCGCCUUGUGGGAGAAGGUCUUUGACGAGGGUGCCCGAGAGCGUCUCGUCAAGAACAUCUCUGGCCAUAUGAGUACCUGCACUAAGGAGGAAAUCAUCAAGCGCCAGAUCACCAUCUUCCGUCACGUUUCCGAGGACUUUGCCAGCCGUCUUGAGAAGGCUACCGGCGUCAAGGGUUAUGAGAGCAUAAAAUCAAUGUCUUUUAACGGCACUCACAAUGGCUUCGCCACGGAGGACAAGAACAAGUAUGCCAACGGACAGGUCCCUGUCAAGGUCAAGUCAAGCGUAAACCCCAACAACGGUGCUCCCAGGGCUGGAACUCACGAGGAGUACUACAAGAACUAA